AUUAAAAAAAUAGUCAAUUUACAUAUUUUGUUUAAUGAUUAAUCAGAAUUUGAUGUGUUCGAACAACAAUAAUUUAACGGUUCAGUUUGUAAGAAGCGUUUUUUUGUUGUUAUAAAAUCUCGAGGUGAUCAAAACGAUAACUGGUGAUACAAAAUACCAAGUUUUUUACGAUAAUAUUUUCGCUGGUUUGGAUACACUACAUCUGCCAAUAUGAUUUUUCAAAAGAAUCACUUUCAAAAUUUUUACUAAAUGUUUGAAUUUGCCAAUUUUAAGACGUUUCAAGUAUUGUACCAUACAUUUAAUUAAAUUUAACAAAAAUGUAUCCUCGUGCCCGGUUAUUGUGCUUGAGUAACUAUGCAGGAAAAUCGACAGAAUUUUGGUCGAAUAGUAGUAGAUGUAUACACCAGAUGAGUAUGAAAAAUGUAGUGAAAGCACCAUUGAUUUGCGGCCAACCCACGGACGAAUCUCAUCCCCAUUUAGUGAUGAAAGGUGAACUUGUCCCCGGUAUACAAAAAGAAGAAUUUAUAAUUAGAAGGCGCAAGUUAAUGGAAUCUGUAUUGAGUACAAGGAAAGAUUUUUACCAUGUAAUUGUUAUACCGUCAGCCAUUAGGCAGUACAUGUCUGACCAUAUUCCAUAUCCGUUUAGACAAAAUACGGAUUUUUUAUAUUUUAGUGGAUGCUUAGAAACAGACAGUGCUUUGGUUUUGUGCGGAAAUUCUGUCGAUAACUUUACAUCAACUCUAUUUCUCAAGACUUAUGAUCUUCAGUCCGAGUUGUGGAAUGGACCUAGUACAAGAGCUGAGUGUGCACCGUUAAUUUUUGGUGUUGAUGAUGGCAAAACAUUACCCCAACUUUCAGAAUUUAUAAUGUCUGAACUUAAAGGGCAUAAUAAUUGUGUUUUAUGGUACAAUCAAAAACAAAAAGUCCAAAGUGCUGUUGAUAAGACUGUUAAUAACGCUGCUGCAGAAAGUUCAAUUUAUCUGGAUGAUAGUUUGGUUGAUCAUUGUCACAAAUUACGAUUGUAUAAGUCAUUAGCUGAACAAAGAUUAAUGCGACAAAGUUGUCAAAUAGCCUCUAAAUCAUUUAUUGAAGCAAUGAUGUCAACAAAACCAGGGUCAACAGAACAUCAAUUGUAUGCUAGGUUAGAUUAUGAAUGUCGAAUGGGUGGAGCUGAAUAUCUUGCAUAUCCUCCAGUGGUUGCUGCUGGAAAUAAUGCUAAUACCUUGCAUUACAUUGACAAUAAACAAAAAAUCAAGGAUGGGGAUUUAAUUCUUGUCGAUGCUGGCUGUGAAUAUCAUGGAUACUCGAGUGAUAUAUCCCGAACAUGGCCAGCAAAUGGAUGGUUUUCUGACGCUCAAAAGACAUUAUAUGAAGCUACUCUAUGUGUUCAAAAAGAAUUGAUUGACAUGUGUCAAGCCCGUCCAUCAUUAGACACAUUGUAUGAAGCCAUGUGUUUUAAAUUAGGAAAAGCCUUGGCAGCUGCCCAUGUAUUUAAAAAAAAUGUUGAUCCUUCUGAGUUAAAUAUGUUAGCCCGUGCAUUGUGCCCUCAUCAUGUUAGUCAUUAUUUGGGGAUGGAUGUACACGAUAUUGGUACCAUCAAAAAAAGUAUUAAGACUGAACCUGGUUUUAUCAUUACAGUGGAACCUGGUGUGUAUGUAAGUAAAAAUAAUAUAAGAGUUCACGAAGAAUUCCUUGGAUUAGGUAUACGAAUAGAAGAUGAUGUAUUGAUCACUGAAAACAGUAUUGAGGUGUUAAGUGAAGAUUGUCCUAAAGAAAUAGCAGAUAUUGAAAAAAUCAUGUCUAGACAACCUAAGUGAUUUAA